AUGCUCCAGCAGGCUGCAGCAGAGCAGAGGUGUAUUUCCCUCAAACAACAAUACUUAUGGCAACCCUCGCUACAACGCAGCCCUACAACUUUUAUAGAGCCGUUUAUCAACUGGCUGGAUCUCCAGGGUCUAGUACUUAUUUCCGACAUAGACUGUCCCACACAUGAAAGGGGUAACGUGUUAGACCUCAGUUUCGCCUCAAGCCCUCUGGCACUCGCAGGAGCCAAAGCUAGCAUAGCGAGCCACUUAGAUGCUACCUCUGAUUAUCAACCACUAAUUACCACUGUUCCAUGGGAUCAGAGAUACAAGGAAACAGCUCAGAAACUGAGAUUUGACACACUAGACCACACCUCCUUCCUCUCGCUCCUCGCCUCUAAUCUCGCUGACACCGAGAGCUCAGACGCAACAGAAGAAGAUCUUAAUGCCCUUGCUAAAAAACUGACAUCUGCAAUUUAA